GCGUCCGAACAGCAGCGGCGCGGGAGGAGCAGAAAACAAGUCACUGCUUUUUUUCCCACAUUUUUGGAAUCCCUGCCUCCCACACGGCUGUACUGCACAUCCAGUUCCUCAAUGGAUGAAGAAAGUGAACUGAUCCAGCCUCAAGACCAGAGCUGCUGGGCCAUUCUGCCUGAUGUGUGUCUGCGUCGUGUCUUCUGGUGGCUAGGGGACAGGGACCGGUCCAGGGCAGCCCUGGUCUGCAGAAAGUGGAACCAGAUGAUGUAUUCAGCAGACCUCUGGCGAUACAGGACCAUCACAUUCAGUGGGAGACCUUCCAGGAUGCAUGCAUCUGAAUUUGAGUCAGCUCUUUGGUAUGUUAAGAAAUUUGGCCGUUAUCUGGAACAUCUGGAGAUCAAAUUUCUAAAUCCUUACAAUGUUGUUCUGACCAAGAAGUUCCAGGUCACCAUGCGAGGGCUUCUUUCAUGUCUGGGCAAGAGUAACAAUCGCCUGAAAUCUCUUUCCAUACAGCAUCUGGAACUGGACCGCAUGGUCUGGAGGAACAGCAUCAAGAGCUCAUUCAUCAAGAGCUUGAGCUUCUUCUUAAAGAAGAUGGGCAAACACCUGGAUUAUCUCAACCUGAAAGGGGCCAGGAUGACAGUGGAGCAAGGCUGCCAUGUUCUCAACUCCCUGAGCUACUUAAGGAAUGAAAAUUUGGCUUCAGAGCUCAACAUCGAGGACUUCUUCAGUCAUCACCUCGCUGUCUACAGUAGCCCCCAGUUUAACAAGACCAUGGCCAUGUUCCACAACCUGGAGUCCUUGACCCUCAACUACAAUUGUAUCUCUGAUGAGCUACUCGAGAACUUGUGUGAAAACAAUGCCAGUACCCUCUGGACCAUAAACAUCAAAUGCCACAUUCAUGACCCUCAUGGGCAGGUCAUCUGGGGCAUGUCCUGGGCUAAGCUCACUAGGCAUGCUACCAAUUUGAAGGUAAACUUCUUCUUUGAGCGGGUCAUGAAGUACGAGCGCUUGGCCAGGAUCCUCUUGCAAGAGAUCCCAGUCAGGAGCAUCAGUCUGAGAAGCUGUUACUUCAGUGACCCAGACUGGUCCAUGAGGCCCACCCUGGUGGAUCUCCUGCCUAUGUUCCGCCACACUCUGCAGAAAUUAACUUUUGAAUUCAACAACAACCAUGAGUCACUCGACGAGGAGCUGCACUUCCUCAUCUUAUCCUGCAGGAAGCUGUUCUACUUCAAAAUCUGGGCUUUUCUCGAUGUUAAGUUUGUGGAGCGGAUCCUGAAGAGUCAGGUAGAGGGGCAGUGUGCCCUGCGCACACUCAAGAUAAGAAUUUAUACUAACAGAUAUGAGACGAAUGAGGAGGACAGGACUCUGCGGGAAAUUUACAGGAAGUACCGAAAGAUGAUUGAUUCAGAGCUGAACUAUUUUGUCAUCGCCUAUCCCAUGAUGUAA